AUGGAGCUACACUUCACUCGCCCGAACCUUCUCAACACCGUCCUGCGUGAUGCGCAAGGUACACCGUUUUACAGGAUCGAGACAGCCUCGGCGCUUCGCCUCUCAGGGAAAACUACUACCGUCUCUCGUUUUCUCGACGUGCCGAAGCCUGGAUCCCCCGAGCGCGUUGUGGCGGAUAACAUGUCGGACACAGACAUCUUGCUGCAACGUCUGGAGGAGAAACCUGUGGGACAGAUUGUAUGGCGCCGAAUGAAGCAAUCGACCCUCAAGUUUGACGGAAGGGAGGUCCUGGUGAACGAGCACAUGCCGUUGAACAAGACAUAUGCCACGCGACGUACCUUUACCGCUCGCAACGGCCAAGAAUACACCUGGGUCUUCGAUGGGGAUCGCUCCACGCUUGAGAAGGGACCGCCGGGCACCUCGCCUCGCCUGUCCGUCGUCGAAUACAACAAACGUCAACGCGGCUUAUUACCAGGCAAGGAGCCUUCUUACCCAUGGCUCAGGAUCGCACAGGAGAUCGUACCGAUACUGGACGAAGUCGUCUUGACUUUCGUUUGGAUAGAGAAGCGGAGGCACGAGAAGCAAUACGCGGGUUUCGAUGGAGGGGUCAACAAUAUGAUCCAGAGCAUCGAUAACUGGUGA